GCGCAUGCGCACGGUGGGCGGCUGAUGGGACCGGCGAGCUUCUGUCUCAGCCGGUGACAGAGACCCGGCCGCGGUCCUUGCGGAGGUCUCGGGGUGCGCUUGGACCCUGGCUUCCCGGGCGCGUCAGGAGCAGGGAGCAUUGGGCUUUCCACCAUCAGGCCAAAGAUGCCUCUCUUUGGGAAUACUUUCAGUCCAAAGAAGACGCCACCACGGAAGUCUGCUUCUCUCUCCAACCUGCAUUCUCUGGAUCGCUCAACCCGGGAGGUGGAGCUGGGCCUUGACUACGGAACUCCCACGAUGAACCUGGCAGGGCAAAGCCUGAAGUUUGAAAAUGGCCAGUGGAUAGCAGACACGGGGAUUAGCGGAGGUGUGGACAGGAGGGAGGCCCAGCGUCUUCGCAGGCGGAACCAGCAGCUGGAGGAGGAGAACAAUCUCUUGCGGCUGAAAGUGGACAUCCUGCUGGACAUGCUUUCUGAGACCACCGCCGAAUCCCACCUCAUGGAGAAGGAACUGGAUGAACUGAAGAGUGUCAGUCGGAGGAGAAAAUGAAGACCUCCAAGACAUUCCUUAGGAGAGCAGGUUGAAGCCCACUGGUGCCCACUGGUUGGGCAGGAUGUGGUUGUGCCGGUUGAGCAGGUUUUUGUUUUUGUUUUAGCCAAACUAGUGGAUUAGGUCCUAAGAGAGUGGAUCACAGCAUGGAGCCCACAGGCACUGGCACCCCUGGGUUGGCCAUAGGGAGGUGACACAUAACUGAGGAAACGAGAAUCCAGGCCAGGGCAGUGAGUAGAACAGGACUCCAGAUGUACCUGCCUACGGAUGCCAGCCUAAUCCAGGCCUCAGUGAUACGGGGGAUGGGGGGUGACGGUCAGCCCUGGGUGCUCUCCGCACAUGUAAGUGUACAAAUGUACACGUCUCGGGGUCACCCCGCCAGACAGACUGUGGGGAAGCAGCUGGAGUUCACACUCAGCCCCUCACAGUGGUUUGGUGCCUGGCAUCAGUUCCAGAGAGCCCUGUAGUUGGGGGUCUGGACUCUCAGGCCUCCCUCCCUGCCUCUAAGGAAUUCUCGUUCCCGGUCCCCAGCUGCCAGCACCAGCCUUCCACACAACACUCUAUUUUUGUGCUACUUUCCUGUUUACACGACUUUUUAAUUAAAUAAUGUUAAAUAAGCACUCUGUGGCUAAAGUGACUGAAGAAAGAAACACGAGUUCCUCUAGAAGUAAACGGAGCCUGGAGUCUUAAGUUUUUGUUGCUCUAUCAAAAGACAGAAUGUUGGGACCAGCAGAUGGCCUAGAGCAUAGAUAACAGACUGACCACUGACUCCUGGAUGCUGUGACUGCAAACUCACGCCCGGCACAUGUGUGUACGUGCCCAAG